AUGCUUUCGCUGGGCUCAGGAUCGAAAAAAGGGGGCCAGUAUGGUCGCGUAUGGGACACGGUGUACGCUCGGGUUGAUCUGCAUACAGCCUCCGGCCUGGGGGCCUGUGCAACUGCGGUCGGGCUGAACUCGAACUGGCCGUCGAGGUGGAGGCGAUCGGAGGGAGACGAAGGAACGAGGCCAGCAGCCCAUUGUGUAGUCGAGCCCAGGCUGAUUAGGAGAGAUUAG